AAUGUUUAAGGAAAAGAAGUCUGCAUUAAUGAGCCUUUUUUGUACUUCAAAAAUAAGAGUUAAAAGUGGGAGAAAACAAGUCUAAAGUCUUUUGCUUUAAGCAAACAUAAGCAAAAACACUCUGGCAAUGCCAGUUUCUGCUGCAUUAAAGCAAGUCUUUGUAAAGAUUCCUAGAAAAUCUAAUUAAUUAGCUCUGAAUUCUUAGUAGUUGGUGUAGUUCAUAUAGUUGAGAAAUGUGUUGCUUCAUUUGCAGGGAUACAACAGUGGAACAAAUAUAAGAGAUGGGAAAUCAAAACGCUUCAGGGAUAGUAGAAGAGGAGGAAGCCAAGAACGAGGCACCAGAUAACGCGCAAGGAAUUAGUCCACCAGAUGCUGUCGCAGUAGAGAAGCAGACAGUGGUUCAAGAAAAUGCAGCAGAAGCUGACAAAAUUCCUCCUGUUGAAAUACAUAAGGAUGUUGAGGAUCGCAAGGAAUCUGAUGCUGUGAUGGAUAUCAGCACGAACGGCUCGGAUUUAGGGGAAGGAAGAUCCGAGUUGAGUGAUGAAGAGCCAUGCACCCUGACAGCUGUGAAUACUACUUCAGAUAUUCAAGAAGAGCAGACUGUUCUGGUGAAGGAGGUUUUAGAGGUUGAUGAUGAUGCAAACAAGAAUGAACAAUACUUGGCUUUAGCCUCUCCUCAAGACACGGUUUUACAAGUCCGUGAGGAAGCGCUUGGGAGAGACGACGAUUACGAACCCCCUCAAGAAGAGCAGAGUAACUCCUUCACUACUGCCAAUGAAGCUCCAAGAACUAGUUUGGUAGGCUCAUCUACUUCACAAAAUGAGUGCUUAACUCUUGAUCAUGAAGAGAAACCAAUGAUCCAUGAAUUAGGCAAUGGUGAUGAGCAGUCUGAUCAAGAAAAUAACCAGUUCUUGAUCAGAUGCAGCAGCAAUCCAAUGGAGGUGAUCAAGGCCGAAUUUGAGGAAAACGUAGACGAUGCAGAGAAACAACAAGACAAUGAGCUAACUGAUCAAGAUGUGGUUGAAAAAGCUAUUGAUUUGGAGAGUGAUGCAUCUGAUACAGAAAAUGUCCAUGAAACUACUGAUAAAUGUGUGAUAGAGCUGCAAUCUUCGACAGAAAUCGAUACACAGCGCCUCUGCAACAAGACAGCACCAAUCUUAAAUUCAACUCAACCAAUAAGAGCUCAAGUUGAGCUCAGAAAAUCUCCAAGUUUCGAUUUUGGCAUAUCAUUCGAUACGAGGUCCCAAGAAUCUGAUCAAACUCCUCUUCUAUAUCAGGACAAGACAGCAAGAAGAAGCCUCUCCACCUGCUCAAAUCUAGGGUUUCAAAACACAAGCGUUGAGGCAGAAUACGUGGAGAAGACAUUGCAGUUCCAAGCUGUCCAAGUGGAGGAGAAGACUAUCCGAAUGGAACGAAGCAAUUCUGAAAGCUCGCAAGAAAAUGCCAAUGCUGUUACACACUCAAAUGCCUCUCCAUCAACAGAUGCUGAUGCAAUCUCACCAAAGAGAAAUGGGAGGCGAAAGGCGAGGUCCUCCCUCUUCACUACCUGCAUAUGCUGCACAGCAGCCAUCAGCUGAGAGCAGCUCCUGCCAGAAACUCAUACUUACAAAAGCUUCCUUUGCUUGCUCAAUUUUAUUCUUUUCGGGUUCGUCUCUUCUUCCUGUUUUUAAAGAGGAAAAACAUCCAUCAUCUCUGUCUGAUUUCACUCCCUUUUUCUUUUUGAGUUUGUUUUUCUUGUUUGGAGAGAUUCUUGAAUGCUUGGAGAAACAAAAAUAUGGUUUGCAGUUUACCAUGAUUGUAACAUGUCUUAUCUUUUUACAUAUACUAUGAUUUUCGCAACA